GCCUUUCAUUAUCUCACCAACCUCGACCUGCCUUUCACUCCACAACUUCGUUAAUCGAUAAGUCUGCUCUGUGCGAGCUGCUUGUUGUUUUCCUCCUCUUCUUCUUCGUAUUUUGCGUUGAAAUGAGUGAUCUUGGUGCAACGAGUGGCGAGGAAGAAGAGUAUUUUAGUGAUGCGGAGACCGUCAUGAGUGACCAACAGCAAGAAAAGCCGAAAGAGGAGACACGGACCCGGAGAAGCCGUGGCAGCGCAAAAAGUCAAAUAUUAAAAGUCGAAUAUGUUUUCUACGAAAAUCCGGCCAACUCUCGGACCUCACCGUCACUUUUCCGGGAGACACAAGGACGAUCAAGGUCCACCGACUGGUUCUGGCCAUGAGCUCCCCCGUGCUGGAGACGCUCCUCGAAGGUCCUCUCGAGAACAACAACGUCUUGGUUCGGCCUGAGGACCCCCCCGAGGCCUUUGAAUGGCUCAUGGAUCACAUUUACCAAGAUAAGAGCCAGCUGCCCGAAGUGAGCGUGGCGGUGCAAGUGUACCAGCUGGCCAGCAAGUACCAGAUGGAUUCGCUGGAUCAGAUGUGUUCGAAGUUCUUGUUGGAGAAAGUUAACGUAGAGAACUUUCCCUUUGUCUACAACACGGCAGUCUUUCUACAAGAUACAAAACUCCUUGAGAAGUGUUCUUUGGUCCUGGCACCUUCCUCCGACCAAAUAAUGUCGUCACAGGAUAUCGGAGUGAUGAGCGCCGGCGCCCUUACGGAGCUCCUGAAGCAUCCUAGUCUCUCGGUUUCCUCAGAGACCCUCGUGUACAAAGCCCUGAUCACGUGGGGGCGCUCGAAGCUGGCCGACCCGAGUCCGGAGAGCCUUCGGCAGGCGGUGAAGGAGUUCCUUCCGCUGGUUCGCUUCAGGGCGAUGACAACCGACGAGUUCGUGGAGCACGUCCUUCCUUCGGAGGUUCUGAGCAACGACGAAUGCGUCAAGCUCCUCAAGACCAUCAAAGGCAUGGCCGACGACUCGCCUGAUGUCGCGCCGUGUACCAUCAGCGAGAAGAGACCAAGUCUUGAAAAGGUCGCGGAGCUUCUGCAAAUCCGAGAGGACGUCACCAGCAUCUUCGCCAACGAGGCCGAGGUGUCGAUCGUGAGGACUUUCAAGACCCCGAAACCGAUCUAUGUGAGUAAGGUCUCGUGCACCGCCCUCUCCAGCCUAGCUCAAGGACCCGCCGAGGUGAAGGACGCCGAGAACAAGGUGCUUGGCAAGGGAUCCUGGCAAGGGAUGUCCUGCAGGUUCCCGCAGCCCGUGAGACUCGAGCCCAACGGGGAGUACAGAGUGGACGUGACCCUGAAGGAGCUCAGGUGGGUCAACAGCUACGGUGCCGUUAACGUCCAACAGGAAGAAGGUCAUUUCACAGGAGAAGCUCUGCUCGGCAAGGUCGUGCUAUAUUUCAUGGAGGACAGGCCGCCGGAGGAAACGCCGCCUCCGGAGGAAAGCACGCCAAAGGAUCCACCUCCUCUAGAGAACAGUCCGCCGCAGGAGCCUCCGCUUCUACAAGACACACCUCCUGAAGGCGACUGAAGUGGAAGAGCAGG